AUGGUCCGCUCGGCCGCCCCCCUGCUCCUCCUGGCCAUGACUCUCCCCCUGGUGGGGUCACCAGGGGCCCAAGCGUCCCAACCUGGACCCAGUCAGGUGGGAGGGGAGCCUGGGCAGCAAUUGGACCGAAACAUUGGAGCAGGUGAAUCAGUCCUGGCCUCCGGCUAUGUGCGGCUGGACUUCUCCGACGAGACUUGGCCCGCCGCACUGUCCAGGCCCCUGACUCUGCCUCCUGCCUCCGCUUCCUCUGCCCCAAGAAGCCUCACUGGCCUCAGCCUCACGACAGAGUGUGCCACCAAGCCUGAUGGACUUGCCUACUGUGCUUGCCUGUCUGGGUACCAGUGGAAUGCCAGUGUCUGCUCCCGCCACGAUUCCUGCCAAUUCCUCCACAACCACCGGCCCUGCGGCUGCCUUGUCCUCAGCCCUCCAGAAGCUGGGUACUGCCAGCUACUGCCACCUGGUGCCCCUGUCCUCUGCCUCCUUUCAGUCCCAGGCACCCUGAGCCUGGACUCCUGGCUGCAGAUGCCUGGCAACACGCUGAACUUGACCCUCCUCACGAGCCACGAGACCACCAACCUGAACUGGUUCCUGCAGCGCCACAUGGGGAGCCCCAGACCCAUCCUCCUGCAGCCAGGGACACAUGUGUCCCUGUCAUCUAGCCAGGGCCAGACUGUCCUCAGCAUUGUCAACAUCUCCCAUAAGUGGGAAGGUGAGUACAGGUGCUGCUUCGAGGCCCAGGGAUUCAGGUGGGAACUGCACCAGGUAGUGAGGGUGCCCCUGCAGGCGGCAGAUGUGACUCGACUCCCGGAUCAGCUCUCCAUCUCCUGUGCGGCCUCCCCUGGCUUCCAGCUGCGCUGCUGCAUCCCCCCCACACCUCUGGGCUACCUGGCUUCCUGGAACCUUGGCGAGGGCAGCGAAGCCUCCUUACUCAACCAGCCAGAUGACCAGUGCCUUGUGCUGGCCAUUCAGCAUUGCCCGACAGCUGACACCACAUACACUUGUGACCUGCAGAGCCCAGGACUGACCCCUCUCAGGGUCCCCAUCUCUGUCUCCAUCAUCCAGGAUGAAGACACUACCUGCCCUGAGGACUCCUCAGCUGUUGCCUGGAACGUCACCAAAGCUGGCUACGUGGCACAGGCCCCAUGUCCUGUGAACAGGACGGGCAUGGUGAAGAGGACGUGCGGGCCUGAUGGAGUCUGGGGACCCAUCCACGACAGCUGCACAGACAGGGGGCUCCUCGCCUUGUUUCAGAGAGCCCAGCUGCUGUGGGAAGGCCAGGGCUGCCCUGCUGAAGAGGUACCAGAGAGCCUGGCACAGCUGCUAGAGGAGACGGAGGUGGUGCGCUCGCCCUCUGACUUACUGGCACUGCUGGGCACCAUGACAUACCUGGCCAAGGUGGUAGCAGACACCAGAAUGCAGCUUCACCCCAGUGCCCUGGAGGCUCUCCUGAAAACCACUGACAAGGUCCUAGACAUGGACAACAGUUCCCUGUGGACCACGGCCCAGGUCCAGACACCCUCGGCGAGCUCAGAUCUCCUGCUGGCUGUGGAGACCCUGGCGUGCAGCCUGCGCCCACAGGAUCACCCCUUCAGCUUCGGCUUGCCCAACGUGCAGAUGCAGACCCAGCUCCUCAGCCCCACGCUUCCUGCUGACUACAGAGUCUCCUUCUCCACUCAGCCACCUCUGCAGGCACAGAUCCUCAGACGCUCACUGGCCCCCCUGGUUACUAGUAACAAUAACAUCACAAUUACUAGCCUGGUGCUGCGAAAGCUGGACCACCUUCUACCCUCGAACUAUGGGCCAGGGCUGGGGGACUCCCUCUAUGCCACUCCCGGUCUGGUCCUCGCCAUCUCUGUCAUGGCAGGUGGCCAGGCCUUCAACAAGGGAGAAGUCAUCAUGGACUUUGGAGAUAGAGAUAGCACCCUUCACUGUGUCUUCUGGGACCACCAUCUCUUCCAGGGCAGCGGGGGCUGGUCAGAGGAAGGGUGCCAGGUGCAGGCAGCCAGUGCCAGCCCCGCCACCCAGUGCCUCUGUCGGCACCUCACUGCCUUCUCUGUCCUCAUGUCCCGACACACUGUUCCAGAAAACCCCACCCUGGAGCUGCUGAGUCAGAUGGGCUUGGUGGCCUCCAUUCUGGCGCUGCUUGUGUGCCUGGGUGUGUACAGGCUGGUGUGGAGAGUUGUGGUACGGAACAAAGUUGCCUACUUACGCCAUGCGGCCCUACUCAACGUGGUGCUCUGUCUGCUGGCCGCAGACACCUGCUUCCUGGGAGCCCCACUGCUUCCCCCAGGACCCAGAAGUCCACUCUGCCUGGCCGCUGCCUUCCUCUGUCAUUUCCUCUACCUGGCCACCUUUUUCUGGAUGCUGGCUCAGGCCCUGAUGUUGGCCCACCAGUUGCUCUUUGUCUUCCAUCAGCUGUCCAAGCGCCGAGUGCUCUCCCUCAUGGUGGUUCUUGGCUACCUGUGCCCCAUGGGGUUUGCAGGUGUCGCCUUGGGCCUCUAUCUACCUCGAGGGCAAUAUCUGGGAGAGGGGGCGUGCUGGUUGGAUGGAAAGGGAGGGGCGCUGUACACCUUUGUGGGGCCGGUGCUGGUCAUUGUGGGCCUGAAUGGGCUGGUACUAGGCAUGACCAUGCUGAAGUUGCUGAGACCUUCGCUGUCAGAGGGACCCCAGGUGGAGAAGCGCCAAGACCUUCUGGGGGUGAUCAAAGCCCUGCUUGUACUCACACCCAUCUUUGGUCUCACCUGGGGGCUGGGCCUGGCCACUCUGCUAGAGGAAGCCUCCAUAGUCCCUCACUACAUCUUCACAAUUCUCAACACCUCCCAGGGUGUCUUCAUCUUAUGGUUUGGUUGCCUUAUGGACAAGAAAGUACAACAGGCUUUACGCAGACGCUUCUGCCGUGCCCCACCCCCCAACUCCACCAUCUCCCUGGCCACAAGUGAGACCCACAUCCUGGAACACAGCAAAGGAAGAAGUGAAAAUGCCAGGUGA